UUGACUGGAUUUGGAAUUUAAAUUUGUUAUACUUUAAAUUUGAUCGUCUUUGGAAACUUCGGAUUUUCGUGCAAUAGUAACUUAUGAGUUUAGUCCGAGGACUGUGCACUCCGCAUGAUGUCACGGCUCAUGCUUGGUUAAGGCGUGUGCUGGGCGAUUACUGGGCAAUUCGGUAGUUUGUCGCCCCUGUCUGGAUAUUGAGGCGAGCUUGGAGCCUAUUCUCCGCAGUGCUCAGCUUUAUUUUAUUCCUUAGUUUUUCCCCAGUAUGUGUUUUUUUUGUGUCAGCCUACCAUGACCUGCCCCCACCAUCCUUGCAGGUGCAUUAAUUUGGAACAGUGAAGUAAGGAUUGCCGAAGAAAUGGCUGCAACAGAUAAUAUGCUUCAUGAACUGUAAUUUUGCUACAGAAAUUUUAACUUUGUGUUUCAACAUUGCCUUGCGCUCCAAGUGUGGAUUCUGGCUGUAUGAAGAAUUAAUUUCUCUUUUAUGGCAGACAGUUGAAGACAAUAUUAUUUUGUUCAUCUAGAGGAAAUUUCAGUAUACUUGUGUUAUCAUCACCUACAUUUGGAAAAUGCCAAUCUUGAAACAGUUAGUGGCCAGCUCCAGCCAGUCUAAACGUCGCUCCCGCGUGGACUUGACUGCAGAUAUGAUCAGUGCACCUCUUGGUGAUUUCCGCCACACAAUGCAUGUGGGUCGUGGAGGUGAUGUCUUUGGAGACACAUCGUUCCUUUCUAGCAAGGUUGGAGCAACAGCUGCUGCUCCUGCUGAAGCAACCCCUAAACCAGGUUUGCUCUCUCGGAAAUUCAGAAGCAGCAGUAAGCGGUCUCAGUCUGUAACACGCGUUGACAAGCAGGAUAUACUGACACAAAGUGAUUCUGCUUUUUUUGUGAAAAAUGCAGUAUCCCUUCCUCAGCUAAAUGAUAAGAUUGUGGAGCCUACUAAUCAAUUGGCAAAGAGCCUUUCGUCAAGCCCCCUGAAAAAGCUUACAAAUGAAGACACUGAAAAUAAACCUGUUAAUGGAGCUGCUGGUGGAGUUGACAGUAAAUCUAUGGAAUAUCAAGAUGAGAGAGAUUUUGGAGAUAUCUCAGACCUUCCCACAUCUCUGUCCAGUGGUGGGUUUCCACUGACACAUGCUGAGUCCAUCAUGUCCUUCCAUGUCGAUCUUGGUCCUUCAAUGCUUGGUGACAUUUUAAGUGUUAUGGAAAAAGAUACCUGGGAAAAUAAUACUGAUCUUGGUUUGGGAGAAGCCAAGGAAGGUGACUAUUCAAAUUUCAAGAAGAUGACUACAGGAAAGUUUGUGGAGGAUUCCUCAAAAUCAGCAACUAGUUUGCCAAGUACUGUUAAAGGUGUUGCAUAUAGCCCAGGUUCUGGUAGUUGCUUAUCACAAGGUAGUGGCUCUGUGUCAAGUUUGGCAUCUGGGACAACAGAAGAGAUGCAGUCAGUUUAUGAAGGAGUUAGUCAUGGAAAUACAGAUAGCGUGAAAAAUACUGGUGAAUCCACAGAUGCCUUCAAAGAGGAAGAAAAUGAAGGUGAGGAAUUUACCUUCAUGGACGAAGAGGAUGAAAUCCGUGUAUAAAAAUUGGCCUUCAAUAUAAUUAUUGACUUUAAAGAGCAAGAUGAAAUUUACCUGACCUAGCAUUUGCUGAGUUAAUGAAGCAUGGCAGGAUUGCACUAGACUUUUACACCACAGACUCAAAAUUCUUUCUGUAAUAAAAGCUGUAACCAAAACUCUCCAGUCCACAUAAACUAGCAGUAUGUGCAGGUACUCUUCAUGACUUUGCUUGUUUUGGUUGAGCAGAAUAAAUUACAUAAAAUGCACAUCCCAAGUAGUGCAAGUAAUUUUUGUGGUACCAUUUGUAGAUAGUGCAUACCAUUGUUGAUCUUGCAUUGUUGACUGUAAAUAUUGUGAUCAAAAAUGAUAUGCCCCAAAAGAUGUGGUUUAUCUACCUUUUCUGUAGUGUGCCUUUAGAAAUUUUGCUUUAGGGUGCUCCCAAGCUUUCAGUUGCUUCUUUCUUUCUGCCUCCCUGUUGUUCAUUUGGUAAUUUUAGGGUAGAUCUUUAUAUAUGCAUAUAAUGUCCUGUGUAGGGGUAGAUACACAUCGCCAACAUGUUGGAUGCCAGAUUUUACAAAUUUUAAGAUAGUGCAAUUAAUUUUUUUCAACAGGUGUUUGAUUUAAAUCUGUCUUGAAACCUGCCAUCCAGAAGCAUGAUGGCUUGUGACUAUUUUUGCCAAGUUAAAUGAAAGUGGGUCAAUUUUACCAUUAAAGGAAAUUAACUUUUAAAAAAAAAUUCCAAUAUAGUAUCUUGUGAAGUGUUUCAGUAUUAAGCAUUCUUAUAGAUCCAGCAUCCAUUCCAUAAAUGAGUAUAUUUCCUGGCACUUGAUUAACUGUGAAACAUUUAUGAUGUUGCAUAAAUGUAAAUUUGUUUAAUCGUUAAUAAUGAGAAGUUCAUUUUGAAACACUUAACAUCUUUUUAAGACUAAUAGUUUCCUGUCAAUUGUUUCAUGCCCAACUCAUCAUUUUUUUUGCAUUUAUGUCCAAGCAUCACUUUUCACCAAGUAGUUCUUAAAGCUACAUUUUGCACAUUCCAUUGAGAUUUGGGAAUUUUGCAUCAACAUAGCACUAUACCAGUUUAUGGAAUUAAGUGGAAGGGAUUUUUCAAAUCUUCCUUUUGCUUAGGAUAUAUGUUUGGCUAAAGAUUUAAUUUAUUUUUCAAGAUGUUUGACAUUUAGGACUUUGGGGUGUUUUAACAGCUUGCUUUACUAUAGUUCAAACAAAAUAAUUGAGAUGAAAGGUAACAUAUACUUGUGUGCAUAGAAUAAAUCAAUUGUGGGCAAACUUCAAGAUGUGUAUCUAAAUUAUGCCUCUGCAUUCUUGAAGCAUUUUGAUGAAUUUGCAAGUAGAAACUCUAGUGUUUUGUAGGUACAAUUUUAGCAUUAAUGUAUAAAUACUCUCAUUUAAAUGGCAAAUCUGGAACUUAUAAAAUAUUAUUGCAGGCAUUAUACUGAAUUUACAUGUCUAUCUUGAAACAAGUUUUCAAUGCAAGAUAACCUAGCAAUGAAAAUGUGGAUAUUUUAGUUUCCACCACCUGGUGCGUUUGUAGUCAAAGGAUUGUAAUGAGAGCAAAUUAUUUCUACAGAAAAACACUAACCACUACUUUAUCACUAAUUUCAAUAGAUCAUAUUAGUUUUAUUUGCACUUUUAUAACAUUGGGGUUAAAUAAUAACCCAUUCAGGAGUGGUAGCAUUUGAAAAUUUGAAAACAUCACUACCUGUCCUCGUUCCACCACAUCCCAGUUGUUUAAUUAUGAAGUGGAACAAAACAUAAGCAAUGCUUCCAUCAGAAAAAUGGAUAUUUCUUCUUAAUAUAUACAAAUCGGGCUCCGGCGGUACUUUCUGAGCUGCCUGAAGCUUGGUGUUGCGCGAAGCUGCUCAAGUGGACUGCUGGGAGAAGAUCCAAAAUUGCUUUUGGUACAUUGUAUUAACAUGUGGUGUUUGGGUUGGAGGGAAGCGUGCAGGGUGACACAAAUAUCUGAUCCUUUUGUAAUCUUUGCACUCAGUCAUGCGUAUCUCUUCUGAAGGAGCCCUUUUGAUGUGGUUUGGGCUGAUUUCUGGUGACUGAGGGCAAACAUCCCUUUUGCAAUAUUUUAAGUCCCAUCUGCAAUGCAACUUUGUCAUACAGUUAAUUACCAAGCAUAGUGAAAUAUUGCAGUGAUAUUUAUUAUUUUGGCAUUGCUUUGAGUUCACAUGGUUUUUCUUGUUAUUUGAAUUGAGAUGGAGAACUAAACCCAUUCAUCUAUAAAUAACACUAGUAUUUGUCAUUAUCUAAACUUCCUUUGCACUACAAUAAUGUUUGCCUUACUUUAGUGUAAUGGAAUCCUAAUACUUGUUAAUUUGAUUUUAAAUCGACCUGCAUCUGAAAAAGCUCUCCAAUGAAACAUUACAUGUCAUGCUACACAAUUUGAGUUACCCAAAGGCAGCAGUCUGAAGAGUGCCUUGUGCAUUUUUUCCAACUGCUUUCAUUAUAACACAGUUAAAUGCAAUCCUGGUUGAGGAUAGGUUCUUCUCAUUAAAUGGCCAGAUAUGGUGGCACACAACAUGCUGCUUUAUCUUUUUUAUUGAAUAUUUAUACCAUUUUAUACGGUGUGUAAAGGCCUCAAUGUUGGAAUGUAAAUGAAGCAGGUCACUAGAAAGCUGUGCAGCAGCAUGGUUACUUUAAUGUUUGUAAGCAAGUGUGUUUGUUAGUCACUGACCUGCUUUUGAGUGGUACAAUGUAAAAUUUUGAUCAACACAUUGUUUUGUUCAGUACACAUGUUAGACAAUGCUCAGAUUCAAGCUGGCAGCUGUGCUAACAGCUGGAGAGUUGCAUUAACUGCAUGCUUAAUAGGAAAUGUGAAGGUCAACAGUUCCUUCUUUUAGGCAACUCCCAAAUAUUGACACUAAUUUGUUUCUUCACAAGAGCUGAGAUCAGAUUAUUUGAUGCAGUGCUAAUUGUAUACUUUGUGUAAUUUAGCCUCUAUUCUGAAUGCAUUUCAUUGUGUUUUAGAAAGUUCUAUGCGUAAAUUGCAGAUUUCUGUUCUACGAUCCCAGCUGCAGAACAUAAAACUAUUUUCUUUUUUAAAGUUCUUCCAGCUACAAAUGUGAUUGUACAAUAUAGUGAUUUGUUGUGGAGAAAGAAAAUGUGACCAGAGGAUCCCAGCAAAAAGGUUGUAAUGGUGUUCUUGUGUGUUUUUGUUCGCUGGUUUGUCUGAUUUUUUAAAUUUCAUUUUUUGUACAUCUUGUGCAAAUGCUGGUGAUCUGAAAUGUACUCAGCAAGUAGGUAUCUGUGAUUUUUGAUGUUUUGAAUAUGUACUGUUCAGAGCAUAUUAAUGCAUGGAUAAUGGACUGUGUUCUUGUACUCUAGAUAUGCAGGCUGACCUCCCAGGUACAGUUGCUGAUGAUGCAGAAAAACAGAGGGGUUGAAUAGAGGUGACAUUGUUAGAAUAUUUUUACUGUCAAUAACUUGAUUUGGGAAAAUUGAAGAAAAGCAAAUAUUCAGAAAAGACAAUAGUUUUUGCAUUGGUAUCAAAUGAGGCCUAGAAUGUAAUGCACAAAUGAUUCGAAAUAUACCACUAAAGUGAUUUUGUAAAAAUAAAAUUGCACAUGACCUAUUUUGCUAGUAGUAUUUUAAUCCAAUUGUGUGCCAAAUAUUUAAAGGAAUCUUAUUGCUAAACAAAACUACAGUUAUGAAGUGCUGUCUUCUAUAUGCUGUCAAUCAUACUUAAAUACAGAGGUAUUACAUAGUGUCUACGUUGACUGCUCACUGUGUAUGAUUUUCUAUGUAAAAAUGAAUGUAAAUAAACUGACAUCUUAUUUUAAAGGUUUUAUUUUUGAAAUGCGUUGGUUUAGAACUCAAGUAAUACUAUCACUGACUUCACAAAACAACCUGAUAUUUUCACAUAUUAUCACAUCAUUGUAACAGUAUUCAAUAAUUUGAUUCAUCUGAUUUUUUUUAGUUAAUAAACUGCCAGCAAAUUGGUUUCUUUACCUUGUCUAUUGUGAAUUGUUUUACUCUUCAUCAGUGAAUUUCAGUUAGUUACCUAUUACUGAUAAAAGUCAUGUCGUUAGGGAUGGAGAAAAAAAAAUCACAAAACAUCCAUCAUUUGAGCAGGAUAAGUUUGGCCAAUGUUCAGAAAUUCACUUUCCAGCAAGGUCAUCUGCUGAAAUUGAACUCGAAAUUUCUAGUUGUCAUGGUUUUAAAUUCUUUUGGACGUGAUCCAAAUUUUGAAACCAUAGGCAAUGAGGAAGCCAGAGGAUCCAUUUUCAUAGUACUGUAUUCUCAUCUCAAGUCCAACUUCAUGACUGAGCUCAUGCUGUGGGGUUGGAGAUUGUGCACAGUUGGGUUGAAGUUCAUGCACUGUGGAGAUGUAGUACAUGUAAACUGAAACCCUGGCUGUUUUCUAAUCAAAUUUACAAGCCCUAAAAAAUAGUAGGAGAACUCAUUUUGUGGGAUUAUAAAUAGAGGAGAGAGCAGUUAUGCUGGCAUUUAUGUAUUUUGGAUUGAGAGGUGGAGAUACAUGCCAAUCAUUAGUUUCUCCUGAUGCCAAUCCCUAUAUGCAUUAGGAUUUUGUGAAACUUAAUCGCCUAACAUUUAUGCCUAGACUGUAUGAGCCAAUGAUCUAAUCAAUUGCACCCUUGUGGAGAAAAUAUUCUGAUGAAUCUGAGUGAGGCCCUGGAAGACAAGGUGUUUCUGGCACAAUUUCAGCAGAGUGGUGGAAUAGUCUGGUAUUUCCUAAGGAGAAUAUUUAUUGCUCUUGAACUACAGCAGACUGAGGUAGAAGAGAGCUAAUGUUUUAACAUCUAAUUCGUAUGUUACAGCUGAUUUGAACUGUACUUUCAAAUCUGGGCAACUGCUGUUGCUAGCAACUUGGAUUUUUGCUUGUAGAUGUGUCAGUACAUCUCACCAAGUAUGUCAUGACCUGCAGCAAUGUGUGAAAGGGGAGAUUAUUAGUUGAUGAUCUCCACCCUGUAGGUGUGAUACGAGAAAUUACCAUAUCUACACAAGAACCCAGUAUCUCAAUUGUUGGUUGGCUGCUCCUUGUCAUUAUUUCAUCUACUUAGCACAUUCACUAGUAUUCUCUUGUAAAAUGAUAAACUUGAUUAUUCCUAUUAACUCUUAUAGUCCCUGCAGUUACUUAUGUCUGUCACUAUUUUGUUUAAUUUAAAUAUUUUACCCACCUGCCAUAUUAACUGUCUAUUUUCCAAAAAAAAUGGGUCCAGUUUACUCGUAUUAAAAUUAAAACAAACCAUUCCUAAACCUUGCUCUCAUUAGCCAUGAAAUGUAUGGUGCCACCAGGAAUAUUGGCUCGGUGAACUACAGGACAUGCAGGUGUAUGCGCUGCCAGAUGAGCUGAUUGCUAACAUCGUUCAGAGUUUGCCAGUGAUAGCAAAUGGCAGAGGACAAUGUGUUGUAGCAGGGCUAUGCAAUACGCAAAUGGCAGAAUUUUCUUUUGAAAAUCCAGUUCGGGUAUUGAAAUCUCUUAAGGUAGAGAAUUCUUGAUUUGGUUUACUGAGUGUUUCUGGCAUUUUAAGUUUUAUGUAUCAAAAGGGAUAUAAGAGUCAAUAUUUAAGAACAUUGUAACUAAUGUCGGGGGAAUUUUGCAAAAGGGUGGAAACUAGGGGUGUCCGGGGAUUGUUUAAUGUUUUUCUAAAUUUGCUUGGACUAACUUUAUCAUGUAUGUAAAUUUCUCUUAUUAAACUUGAAUUUGGUCUCUGCUGUUUAAUACUUUCUUGAAUCUUUUAACUUGUCUUUGAUAAAAGCUAUUUCUAACCUUAAUAUUGAUACACAUUUUUGUGAAAUGUGAAUGGUGGUUCCUCCCUGACAAGUUUUGUAUUUAACACUUUGCCAAUUACAUUAUUGAAAACAAACCCUUCUGAUCAUAUACUUUUUAACUUUCAUACAGCAGACUCAAUGUUAAAAUGACUUUUAUUUUGAUCUAGCUCCCACCUUUACAUUAACAGUUUUCAGUCCAAGGGCAAGUCCUCAUGCUCAAAAUUUAUGCUUCUGUAAUUGCUAAUAAGAAAAAUUGAUAAUUUAAAAUGCUGUUGCAUGCAGGACCAAGCUAUGCUGAAGCAGGUUGCCAUUUGCCUAAACACUGACAAGGCUCCAGCUUGA